AUGGGGGUCUCCAUUGUCUUCGUUCUGUACUUAUUCUGCAGAUUGUUACUUUCUUGCUGGGUUUUUCCUGUCCUGACUUACAGGAAGCUUAAGAGAAAUGGUUUAACGGGUCCGACGCCGAGUUUUCCUUUAGGAAAUCUUAGCGAGAUGAAGAAGAAGAAUAGCAAAAGCUCUUCUUCUUCUUCUACCCAUGACAUACACUCAACUCUCUUUCCCUACUUUGCUCGCUGGCAGAAAGCCUACGGGAAAAUGUUCGUUUACUGGUUGGGCACAGAGCCAUUCCUAUACGUAGCAGACGCAGCCUUACUGAAAAAGUUGUCGUCGGAGGUCACCGCGAAGAAUUGGGGCAAACCGGCGGUGUUUAGACGCGACAGAGCUCCCAUGUUUGGUAAUGGCCUUGUCAUGUCCGAAGGGGAUGAUUGGGCUCGUCACCGCCAUGUUAUCACUCCUGCAUUUAACCCUACUAACUUGAAGGCAAUGGCUAGUUUGAUGGUGGAAACCGCAACAACAAUGCUAGACAACUGGACUACUCAGAUCAACACUUCCGGCACGCAAGAAAUCGAGGUUGAGUGUUCGAUUUCAGCAACAGCUGGGGAGAUCAUCGCCAAGACCAGCUUCGGUAUUAGUUACCAGAAUGGUCGCCAAGUGUUCGAAAAAUUAAGAGCGCUACAAAUGACUCUAUUUAAGACGAACCGUUUUGUGGGAGUUCCUUUUGGCAAAUACUUCUACCCUAUGAAAACCCUUGAAGCCGGAAGACUCGGGGAAGAAAUCAACCAGCUAUUUUUGUCGAUCAUCGACGCAAGAAAGAAAUCGAUUAGAUCAGAGACUCAGCAACACGACCUUCUCGGAAUGCUGCUCAAAGAGAGCGAUAAACCGGGCAACUUCUCGAGGUCUCUGACCACACAGGAGCUGGUGGACGAGUGCAAGACAUUUUUCUUCGGCGGCCACGAGACAACGGCAUUGGCCAUCACAUGGACGAUGCUACUUCUGGCUACCCAUACAGAUUGGCAAGAUGAGCUGAGGGCGGAGGUUAAGGAAGUUUUGGGAGAUAAAGAAAUUGAUGUAAACAACCUUGCUGGACUAAAGAAGAUGGGAUGGGUGAUGAAUGAGGUUUUACGAUUAUACCCUUCGGCGCCGAAUGCGCAGAGGCAGGCAAAAGCUGACAUUCAAGUGAGUGACGACCUAACAAUCCCUAGAGGAACAAAUAUGUGGAUCGACACUGUGGGAAUGCACCAUGACCCUGAGCUAUGGGGUGAGGAUGUGCAUGAGUUCAAGCCAGAGAGGUUCAAGGAUGACAUACAUGGUGGGUGCAAGCACAAGAUGGGUUACUUGCCAUUCGGGUUCGGAGGGAGGAUGUGCAUUGGUAGGAACUUGACGUUUUUGGAGUAUAAGAUCGUGAUGAGCCUAAUUCUGUCUAGGUUUUCUUUUACCAUUUCGCCUACUUAUACUCAUGCUCCUUCUAUUGCGCUCUCUCUCAGGCCUUGCAAUGGCUUGCCUAUAGUUCUCCAACCCCUUAACUAGAUAUCGAGGAUGUCAGCAAUAUGAGUCCGUUAAUUACCUCUAAUUAGUAAAGUUAGCCUGAGAAGUUAGCUGAUCCUGUAUAGGAUUGUAGUUGUGAAGGGCAUUUUUCAGGGCUCUAGAGCAAGAGCCUAGAGGCCUUUGA